CUCGAGAACGGGCGCGUCGUUCGCGACGUCGUGCUCGGGUACACCGCGUACGGCGAGCUGAACGCGUCGGGGGACAACGCGAUCGUCGUGGGGCACUCGCUGACGUCCAACAGCAACGUCACGGAGUGGUGGGGCGCGAUGUGCGGGCCGGGGGAGCAGUUCGCGCUGAACACGCUGGAGGACUUCGUGAUUUGCGUCAACUACCUCGGGUCGCCGUACGGCAGCAGCGCGCCGACGACGGCGGACCCGGACAAGGCGGACGGAGGAUGCUACGGCGCGGACUUUCCAACCCCGGUGUCCAUUCGCGACAACGUUCGGCUGCAAAAGAUGCUCCUGGACUCGCUCGGGGUGAAGCACCUGAAGAUGGCGAUCGGCGGGAGCAUGGGGAGCAUGCUCGCGUUGGAGUGGGCGGCGACGUUCCCGGACUUCGUCGAGGAGCUCUGCCUCAUCGCCGGAUGCGGGCGGCACACGGACUGGGCCAUCGGCAUCGGCGAGGCGCAGCGAUUCAGCAUCAUGGCCGACGGCAAGUUCAAAGGCGGGUCCUACGACGUGAACGACCCCCCGAAAGCGGGCCUCGCGACGUCGCGCAUGAUGGCGAUGCUGUCCUACCGCGCCCCCGCGAGCGUGGACCAAAAGUUCGAACGCACGUCGCUGCCGUACUUCGCGGUGGAGUCUUACCUGCAGUACCAAGGGAAAAAGUUCAUCCGAAGGUUCGACGCGAACUGUUACAUUCAGCUCACGUACACGCUCGACUCGCACGACGUCGCGCGCGGCCGCGGGGAGUAUCGCGACGUGCUGCGAUCGCUGAGACACCGGGUCCUCGUCGUCGGGAUCACGUCCGACGUGUUGUAUCCGUUCGCGCUGCAGCGCGAGCUCGCGAGGGAGAUGCCGCACAGCGAGCUGUACGCGAUCGACUCUCCGCACGGGCACGACGCGUUCUUGAUCGAGAUCGCGUCGUUGAACGUCGCGGUGACGCGGUGGCGA